GUUUUAGCAAGAUGCCAAAGACAUUUCCUGGUGGCUGGUGGUCCAACAUAUACAAGGGUUUCUCUUGUUGCACCCAGACAUCUCCCUGUUAGGACCUAUGCUGCCGCAAAGUAAGUCAUUUAACCUACACACACACACACAUAUCGAAUGCUCUCCAGGUUCUCCUUUCACAAAGUCAGAUUGAACAUAAAAUGUGUUGUUUGCUGAAUGAGCAUUUACAUGUAGGCCAAGCAUUUAUCUUAGACAUUAUUAUUAUUAUUAUUAUUAUUAUUAUUAUUGUCCUCAGACAAAUAAAACACAAACAUAUUUUCUCUCUACAGGGCUUUGAACAAACACAUACAUAUUUUCUCUCUACAGGGCGUUGAACAAACACAAACAUAUUUUCUCUCUACAGGGCGUUGAACAAACACAAACAUAUUUUCUCUCUACAGGGCGUUGAACAAACACAUACAUAUUUUCUCUCUACAGGGCGUUGAACAAACACAUACAUAUUUUCUCUCUACAGGGCGUUGAACAAACACAAACAUAUUUUCUCUCUACAGGGCGUUGAACAAACACAUACAUAUUUUCUCUCUACAGGGCGUUGAACAAACACAAACAUUUUCUCUCUACAGGGUGUUGAACAAACACAAACAUAUUUUCUCUCUACAGGGCGUUGAACAAACACAAACAUUUUCUCUCUACAGGGUGUUGAACAAACACACAUCUUUUCUCUCUACAGGGCGUUGAUCAAACAUAUUUUCUCUCUACAGGGCGUUGAACAAACACAAACAUAUUUUCUCUCUACAGGGCGUUGAAAAAAGACAAACAAGAUGACAAAGAGAAAAAAGUGGAGAAGAAAAAUAAGAAUGUUAUAGACGACACAGGUCGUCACAAACCGUAUGGGCUGACGGCGUGGGUGCCGGUGGAUGACGUGUACGUGACCAGGUUCUACCCCAAGCCGGUGCAUGAGACAGCGGUGGCCGUGGACCUGCUGAAGAGUUUUCAGAAGCUGGACUAUACACCUCUGGACCAGCCAGUUUAUAUCAACUUCAAGUUGGACAUGAAGCUGGAGAAAAAGGUACGGACUAGCAGAAGAUGUCUGAUUUUGAUAUAGUUCUUGUCUUCUUACAGCGUGUUGUUUUCAAAGGGAACUGUCGGAGCUUUCAGCGUGUCGUUUUCAUAGGGAACGGUCGGAGCUUACAGCGUGUCGUUUUCAUAGAGAACUGUCGGAGCUUUCAGCGUGUCGUUUUCAUAGGGAACUGUCGGCGCUUACAGCGUGUCGUUUUCAUAGGGAACUGUCGGCGUUUACAGCGUGUCGUUUUCAUAGGGAACGGUCGGCGCCUACAGCGUGUCGUUUUCAUAGGGAACUGUCGGCGCUUACAGCGUGUCGUUUUCAUAGGGAACGGUCGGAGCUUACAGCGUGUCGUUUUCAUAGGGAACGGUCGGAGCUUACAGCGUGUCGUUUUCAUAGGGAACGGUCGGAGGUGCUCUAGUAUUGUUACGUCACCAGCAUGUUGAGAAGAAAGGAGCUAACAUGGCAGCCGUUCUAAAACCUGGCCAAACUCUUAAUACAUGGCUCUGCAUGAAUCCAGUUUCUGGAUGUAAAAACGCACAGUUCAUAAUCGUCACACGAGGCGCCGCUAUAUGGCCUGUAUAUUAGGUGGUGGAUGUCACUCCUCCCAAGGGUUUCAUGUGGCAUAAAAUGUAUGCUUUGAGCCCCUCACAGUUCCCCAGGAGAGUCUCCAAUGUCCCUGUCUGUGGAGUAGCACUGACAUGUUCCCUCCAUUAAAGCAGCAAUCUGCAGUUCAAACAAUAACAAAAUGUCAAACCUGCCACUGUUUUGGUAAAAGGCUAAGGGAUGGGGCUGGAAAAUAACCACUCUCAAAUUCAUAGACAUAGCUAUGGAUGCAAGGUCUAACCAGCCAUGAUAUCAAUAUUAUAGUUUUAACCAUGUUUAUGGCUAUACAGUGUUUGUUUACAAUUACAUUGUUUACAAAUAAAUAAAACAUGCAUUUAUUUUGGGUUCCUAUGGGUUAGACAGUUUGACUAAGCUCAUGUUAUAUUAAAGCAGUAAGGCACGAGGUUACCAACUGUCCUGACGUGACUUUCAUUAUUGUGAUGACUAUUAUUUAUCGAAUAAUUACCUGCUAUGUUUAAUUGUUACUUGAUUAAAUUAAUCAUGUAACAAUUAACUCAAUAGGAAUUUGGGGCACCACAGGAGAAGUUGUUUAACGAGUUGCCAUUUCUAAAGAUAUCUCUUUAUCAUUUUAAGUCAUUUAUUAAUAAUUUACCUCAUAUCAGUCUCAUUCUGAAAGUCGUAGGCUCUUUAAGUCUGCACGAACCCGGGUCUUACUGAUCAUUCCGUGCCACACAAAUUGAUUUCAUUAUCUAUUUACUAACUCAUUAAAAAAUGAUAACACAAGAUACAAACACGUACACGGUGUAGGCAGGGAUUAGAAACUUAACACAAUAUGACACUUGUUACAAAAGUGGCGAGUUAAAGAGGGAGGGAGAGAAAACACUUGGAAACAUAUGGACCAAUGCUCACAGUAAUCCUAAUACUUUGCCCCGAACUGCCGCCCGUUUGGGAAAGAAAAGCAAUGCAUGUAUUUACGUGUUGGAGGUCUUCAUCGUGUAUCUCUGUUGGACCCAGUCCUUCGUGGGAAGGGGUUGAUUGGGCCUUCUCUUUCGGAUGGCCUUUUAGAUGUAAGGCUCAGAUUGUCCACAAGAGGUCACAGUGUCCUUCUUCUUAGUUGUCUGUUUACUUUCACUCGUUCUGGAAGUGGUCUUCUGAGGACGGCUAAUCAGCCGUGUCGAUGAUCCCCUGUGGGGUGAUGAGAGCAGUGUAGUAGACGAUGGCUUGAAGAGAGUAACAGGAUGGUCCCACUUAAAUUCACCUUCUUAGAUACAGUACUUAGAACAGCUACUCAGCCGUAACAUUAAUUGUUAGUGGAGGCAACGUUGUCGUCUUCACCUCAUGUUGAUUUUCAGGGUCGGGACCAAUAUGGACAAAAGCUGCAGCUUGAGGUCCGUCUGAUCUGAUAAUUCUUAUCUCAAUCUUUUAUGCACUCUGGUAAAGAGGGGCGUUUCCAUCAUACUGACACGCUCUCUGAGCUCCCUCAGGCGUGACUAGUUACGAGGCAAAAGUUUUGUUAGAAAGCUAAAAUCACAUUCCUAUCUUCACGAAAACAUUGUCUUACUCCUUGAUAUUUUCUACCCAAGGUAAAGGCUGUGUAAACCUGAUAUACACAGUGUAAAAGCUCUUCAAGUCACAAUGUUUUCCUUAUAACACCUUUAUACCAUUUUUAAUGACAUCACAAAAUAUACAUUAAUUUUCCAUAUUCCAUUUCUCAUCAUUACCAACGUUUGCAUUUUUGAAAUAUAUUGUCCCAAUGUUCAUUGUUGGAUGUUGAAGUUUUUGGGCGGCAAAAAGUAUCUGGGAAAAAAAGGCAUCCCUUUCACCAUACUAGAGUGCCAGAGAGAUUCUCCUCUCUAAUUUAUGGCAGUAUUAACGUGUCAGGACCGGCACAGCCCCCUGUGGGUAGGAGGGUGUGGUUGUUGUCGGCCAUUUGCCAAGCUGGAUGUAGUCUAUCACAGUGCCAUCCGUUUUGUCACCAAAGCCCCAUAUACUACCCGCCAUUGUGACCUGUACGCUCUUGUUGGCUGGUCCUCACUACAUAUUCGUCGCCAAACCCACUGGCUCCAGGCCAUCUAUAAAUCACUGCUAGGCAAAUCCCCGCCUUAUCUUAGCUCAUUGGUCACCAUAGCAACACCCACCCGUAGUCUGCGCUCCAGCUGGUCAUCCCCAAAGCCAACACCUCCUUUGGCCGCCAUUCCUUCCAGUUCUUUGCUGCCAAUGACUGGAACGAAUUGCAAAAAUCUCUGAAGCUGGAGACUCUUAUCUCCCUCACUAACUUUAGGCAUCAGUUGUCAGAGCAGCUUACCGAUCACUGCACCUGUACACAGCCCAUCUGAAAUUAGCCCGCCCAACUACCUCAUCCCUAUAUUGUUAUUUAUUUUGCUCAUUUGCACCCCAGUAUCUCUAUUUGCACAUCAUCUCUUGCACAUCUAUCAUUCCAGUGUUAAUACUAAUUGUAAUUAUUUUGCACUAUAGCCUAUUUAUUGCCUUAUCUCCAUAACUUGCUACAUUUGCACACACUGUAUAUAUAUUUUCUGUUGUAUUUUCGACUUUAUGUUUUGUUUUACCCCAUAUGUAACUCUGUGUUGUUGUUUUUAUCGCACUGCUUUGCUUUAUCUUGGCCAGGUCGCAGUUGUAAAUGAGAACUUGUUCUCAACUGGCUUACCUGGUUAAAUAAAGGUGAAAUAAAAUAAAAGCUGAUGUGAGGCCUUUGAUCCUCACCCAGGGAGAGUCAUGACACAAUGUAAUUAGAGCAGUAAAACAUAAUGUUUUCAUUUAACAGACGCUCUUAUCCAGAGCGACCUACAGUUAGUGAGUGCAUACAUUUUCAUACUGGCCCCCCGUGGGAAACGAACCCACAACCCUGGUGUUGCAAGCACCAUGCUCUACCAACUGAGCUACAGGGGGCUGUAUAUAAUGAAGAUUAUAUACUGGGUGGUUCAAGCCGUGAAUGCUGAUUGGCUGAAAGCUGUGGUAUAUCAGACCGUAUACCACAGGUAUGACAAAACAUUACGUUUUACUGCUCUAAUUACGUUGGUAACCAGUUUAUAGCAGUAAGGCACCUUGGGGGUUUGUGAUAUAUGGCCAAUAUACCACGGCUAAGGGCUGUAUCCAGGCGUUCCGUCGUGCAUAAGAACAGCCGUGGUAUAUUGGCCAUAUACCACACGCCCUCGGGCCUAGUGCUUAAAUGAUCGAUGGCCAUAUACAGUGCAGUAAGGAAGUAAGUAUACCAAUGAAGAAUUAUUAUUUUUGGACUUAUUGUAUUUGGACAUAUGCCUGGGGCGGCAGGUAGCUUAGUGGUUAAGAGCGUUGUGCCAGUAACCGAAAGGUCGCUGGUUCUAAUCCCCGAGCCGACUAGGUGAAAAAUCUGUCGAUGUGCCCUUGAGCAAGGCACUUAACCCUAAUUGCUCCUGUAAGUCGCUCUGGAUAAGAGCGUCUGCUAAAUGACUAAAAUGUAAAAUGUAAAACACUAUUGACAGAUAAAGAUAACCUAAUUGAACAAAUAACACUUAAAUCGUUGCUGUAAUUGAGAAUGUGUUCUCAGUCAACUUACCUGGUAAAUUAAGGGUAAAAUAAAAAAGCUGAAGCUGAACUGGAAGUUUAUCAAAAGUAAGAAAUGGAGGGUGAUUGAGUAAAAGCCCAGAUCUUAAUCCUAUAGAAAUGCUGAGGGGGACUUGAAGCGGGCCUUACAUGCAAGAAAGCCCUCAAACAUCACACAAGAGUGGGCAAAAACCCCUCCCGGUCGAUGGAAAAGACUGAUAGAAACACCUACAUGAAGUGAUUUCUGCCAAAGGGGGAAACACAAGCUAUUGAAGUGAGGUGUACUUUUUUUUUUUUUUUCGCAGAAGGAAUUGGCAUUUCUGUAGAUUUUUGUUAAAUAUAUGGUUGCAAAUAUAAUUUGAGGUUAUUUGUUAAAUUAGGUUACCUUUAUCUGUCGGUGCUGAAAUGAAGAUCAUAUGUCCAAAUAUGUAAAAACAAACAAAAAAAACUUUUCAGGGGGUGGACAUGGUUCCUCACAGUACUGUAUCAUGAAUAUAAAAGUCCAAAAAUUGAUGUAGAAAUCAUAGAUCGCCUUUAACUAGGCAAAGCUGAUGUUGAAAUGCAGAAACCAUUCAGAGCGCUCAAAACCAAGAUAAAACAUUUAACAGGGAGGAAAGAAUUUAAUAGUUGAUUUAAAGAAGAGGUCGGUUGCGUCUCAAAUGGCACCCUAUUCCCUAUGUAGUGCACUGCUUUAGACCAGAGCUCUCUUCAAAAGUAGUACACUAUAUAGGGGAUAGGGUGCCAUUUGGGAGGCACACAUUGUGUUGUCAUGGUGACCUACAGUAUGUCAUGGAAGUCUAGGAAGGUAAAUAUUGCUUAGUAAAAUGCAGAUUUCUUCAUCUGCUAUGCGCAUAUUUGUUUUUAUGUAGGCGUUGAGGUCACAGCAGCACAAUGAUGUAUUGACAUGCUUGUUUUGAAUCUUCUCUUCCAGAAAAAAGUGGAUCCCUUUGUCAGCACAGUUCAUUUGCCACACCCGUUCAAGACAAAAGUCAACAAAGUUGCAGUUUUCACAGAGGUAAUUUAUCUGACUACUAUCAACUAUUAUCAACUGCUGGUAUCAAUUGAUAAAUACUGUUAGCACUUUUUAAUCUCCCUUCAUCCUAACUAAAUAUUAAUUUGAUAGGUCUGCUGUGUCUUCCUUGAUGGACCUUGCUGAGUUCCUCCAAAGUCAUUUAUAUUUUAAUCAGUCAUUCUAUUGAAAUUCUUUGUUGAGCUGGCAGUGAUGUAUGAAAAUACAUGAUCUGUAUGUCAACUAGCAUGAUUCAGUAAAAGAGGCUUACAGCCUGAGUUAGUAAGAAAGUGUCGCUAGCAACAUCAAGGUCGUGGGUUCAAUUCCCACAUUACGCAUACAAAACAUGUAUGCACUCACUGUACUGUAAACGUCUGCUAAGUGGCAUAUAAACUCAGCAAAAAAAGAAACAUCCUCUCACUGUCAACUGCGUUUAUUUUCAGCAAACCAAACGUGUGUAAAUAUUUGUAUGAACAUAACAGGAUUCAACAACUGACACAUAAACUGAACAAGUUCCACAGACAUGUAACUAACAUAAAUGGAAUAAUGUGUCCCUGAACAAAGGGGGGGGGGGGGGGUCAAAAUCAAAAGUAACAGUCAGUAUCUGGUGUGGCCACCAGCUGCAUUAAGUACUGCAGUGCAUCUCCUCCUCAUGGACUGCACCAGAUUUGCCAGUUCUUGCUGUGAGAUUUUACCCCACUCUUCCACCAAGGCACCUGCAAGUUCCCGGACAUUUCUGCGGGGAAUGGCCCUAGCCCUCACCCUCCGAUCCAACAGGUCCCAGACGUGCUCAAUGGGAUUGAGAUCCGGGCUCUUCGCUGGCCAUGGCAGAACACUAUAAUUCCUGUCUUGCAGGAAAUCGUAGAGCAUGGCGCUUGUAACGCCAGGGUAGUGGGUUCGAUCCCCGGGACCACCCAUACGUAAAAAUGUAUGCACACAUGACUGUAAGUCGCUUUGGAUAAAAGCGUCUGCUAAAUGGCUUAUUAUUAUUAUAUUAUUAAAUCAUGCACAGAACGAGCAGUAUGGCUGGUGGCAUUGUCAUGCUGGAGGGUCAUGUCAGGAUGAGCCUGCAGGAAGGGUACCACAUGAGGGAGGAGGAUGUCUUCCCUGUAACGCUCAGUGUUGAGAUGGCCUGCAAUGACAACAAGCUCAGUCCGAUGAUGCUGUGACACACCGCCCCAGACCAUGAUGGACCCUCCACCUCCAAAUCGAUCCUACUCCAGAGUACAGGCCUCAGUGUAACGCUCAUUCCUUGGACGAUAAACGCAAAUCUGACCAUCACCCCAUGUGAGACAAAUCCGUGACUCGUCAGUGAAGAGCACUUUUUGCCAGUCCUGUCUGGUCCAGCGACGGUGGGUUUGUGCCCAUAGGCGACGUAGUUGCCGGUGAUGUCUGGUGAGGAACUGCCUUACAACAGGCCUACAAGCCCUCAGUCCAGCCUCUCUCAGCCUAUUGCGGACAGUCUGAGCACUGAUGGAGGAACUGUGACCUUAAUUGCCUACCGUCUGUAAACUGUUAGUGUCUUAACGACCGUUCCACAGGUGCAUGUUCAUUAAUUGUUUAUGGUUCAUUGAACAAGCAUGGGAAACAGUGUUUAAAACCUUUACAAUGAAGAUCUGUGAAGUUAUUUGGAUUUUUACGAAUUAUCUUUCAAAGACAGGGUCCUGAAAAAGGGACGUGUCUUUUUUUUGCUGAGUUUAUUAUAUGAAUAUAUUUUAUUAGACUCGUCAGGGUGAAUUCUUAGUUAAAAUAAACACACUUAAUGUAACGUUCCAUAACACUGUUGAAUUGCAAGUAAGCAUUUCACUGUACCGUUUACACCUGCUGUAUCCUGUGCACGUGACGAAUGAACUGUGAUUUUGACAUGUUAGUGUGAUUGUGAGUUACGUUCAUAGAUCCCUAUGUCAGGAAAGGUCCCAUGCAUUGUGCUCAUACGGUGAUACUAUGUAAAUAAAGGACACUGUUUCUGUGUGUCUGUCUGUUUCUGUACAGAAUCCUGAUCAAGUUAAAGUAGCCCAGGAGAACGGAGCAGCGUUUGUGGGAGGGGCCGACCUUGUGCAGAGAGUGAGUUUCACAAGUCUCUGUCUCUCUCUCUCUCUCUCUCGCUCUGCUCUUCUCUGUCUUCUGUCUGUCUGUCUGUCUGUCUGUCUGUCUGUCUGUCUGUCUGUCUGCCUGCUGCCUGCCCUGCCUGCUGCCUGCCUGCCUGCCUGCCUGCCUGCCUGCCUGCCUGCCUGCCUGCCUGCCUGCCUGCUGCCUGCCUGCCUGCCUGCCUGCCUGCCUGCCUGCCUGCCUGCCUGCCUGCCUGCCUGCCUGCCUGCCUGCCUGCCUGCCUGCCUGCCUGCCUGCCUGCCUGCCUGCCUGCCUGCCUGCCUGCCUGCCUGCCUGCCUGCCUGCCUGCCUGCCUGCCUGCCUGCCUGCCUGCCUGCCUGCCUGCCUGCCUCCCUCCCUCCCUCCCUCCCUCCCUCCCUCUUUGUUUUAGUUAAUGUCUCAACCUGUUGUCCUUAAUGAUUGUAGAUCUUAGAUGAUGAAGUGGAUGCGGACUUCUACGUAGCCGUCCCAGACAUGAUCUCCAAACUACUGCCUCUGAAGAACAAAUUACGCAAGAAGUUCCCUAAGAACAAGAGAGGUAGGUCACACUCCCGUAAUCAAUCAAUCAAUCAAAAUGUAUUUACAUAUAUAGUCCUCUUUUACAUUUGACGAAAGUAACCCGGCCUUAGAACCCCCAAAGAGCAAGCAGAAGCACAGUGGUGAAGAAACUCCCUGGAAGAAAGAAACGUUGAGUAGAGCGGGGCGAUAUGGACAAAAUACAUAUUGUGACAAAUUGCCUGAAUUGAUGAGAUGAUACAUUUUAGUUUCUAACAUUAAUCUGCACCACAGUUUUUGAAAUACUGCUAGUUUGAUGGUUGCAGCCAUCAAUUGUCCCAUUUAAAUAUCACUCAUAUUAGCAAAUGUAUUUACUUUGAAACUUCACAUUUCUUUAGUAUAGGCUACUUAUCAUAAUGAACGAUAUCGGCAAAAUGCCUGCGAUAAGUGAUCGUUAUGGUCGGUGUCAUAAUUUUCGGUUUAUCGCCCCAGCUUUACUUGAGAGGAACCAGGCUCAGAGAGGUUAGGAGUACAUGAUAACCAUGUUUCUCACUCUCUCUCACCCUUUCAGGGUCGGUUGGAGUCGACAUUCCCAAGAUGCUGGAGUUGUUCAAGACUGGCCAUGAGUACGUAGUGGAGAAGGACACUGUCAUCACUAGAGUCGGCACGGUAAGUCUGAAGGAACACUGUCAUCACUAGAGUCGGCACGGUAAGUCUGAAGGAACACUGUCAUCACUAGAGUCGGCACGGUAAGUCUGAAGGAACACUGUCAUCACUAGUGUAGACACGAUAAGUCUGAAGGCACACUGUCAUCACUAGAGUCGGCACGGUAAGUCUGAAGGAACAUGUCAUCACUAGUGUAGACACGAUAGUCUGAAGGACACUGUCAUCACUAGAGUCGGCACGUAGUCUGAAGGAACACUGUCAUCAUAGAGUCGGCACGGUAAGUCUGAAGGAACACUGUCAUCACUAGUGUAGACACGAUAAGUCUGAAGGCACACUGUCAUCACUAGAGUCGGCACGGUAAGUCUGAAGGAACACUGUCAUCACUAGAGUCGGCACGGUAAGUCUGAAGGACCACUGUCAUCACUAGAGUCGGCACGGUAAGUCUGAAGGAACACUGUCAUCACUAGAGUCGGCACGGUAAGUCUGAAGGCACACUGUCAUCACUAGAGUCGGCACGGUAAGUCUGAAGGCACACUGUCAUCACUAGAGUCGGCACGGUAAGUCUGAAGGAACACUGUCAUCACUAGAGUCGGCACGGUAAGUCUGAAGGAACACUGUCAUCACUAGAGUCGGCACGGUAAGUCUGAAGGAACACUGUCAUCACUAGAGUCGGCACGGUAAGUCUGAAGGAACACUGUCAUCACUAGAGUCGGCACGGUAAGUCUGAAGGAACACUGUCAUCACUAGAGUCGGCACGGUAAGUCUGAAGGAACACUGUCAUCACUAGAGUCGGCACGGUGAGUCUGAAGGCGUUGGGAAUUGCCUACAAUCAUUCAUACACCCAAACCAUAAGCAUAUGUGUGUAAUCUUCACAUACCAAAAAUGUCUACCAGAUUCAUACGUUACUAACAUGCUGUAUUCCUGUUCUAGAGUAACUACAGUGUAAUUGUUGUGGGGGCGAUUGCCCAAUGUUCAAUUAAAAUCUCCCUACCAUCAUAUCUAAGCCAAUAUGACACCAAUGUCGUUGAAAAUUCGCAAAUCAACUAGGAGGUACACAACACCCUCCCCACCUCUCGUCAUGAGCUGUCCGGCCGUUACCGAGAACCACAUUCCAGAUAAUUUAACAGGGUCAUUAGCUAUUUAGUUUUCAGAGUAUUUUCUGCACCCACAUGCUCAAAUUCUAGACGUCGGAUUAAAACCAGACUAUAGCAUCCAUGAAGUGAGCCUUGGAUUAAAAUAAUGUCAGAUUGACUACAUUUGUAGGUGCAACGGUUUUUAUUAUAUGUAUAAUUUAUCGCUCUCGUGCUCAUUUCUGUCCAUUAUGAACCAACAACGUGCUACCUUUUUUUUGUAACAUUUCUGACAAUGCUAACGUCUUUUCAGCCGAAUCUCACGCGUUCUAAAACCGGACCAAAACACAUGGGCUGCGCAGCAACAGUAGUAGCUAGUUAACAUCAGUCGUAUGAGAGGAAAGCUACAAGCAAAGGAAAGUAGCUAUAUUUAGCUAUGGAAGAUAUAUGUGUAAACUGUUGGCCUUGACACUUGCGUGUAAUCAGAGCACAAACAAAUAAGCACAAAUAAGAUGGCGAACAUCCGUGGCUGCUAUUGCCAGUUAGCUAGCCAACUAACGUUAGCCAGUAACAUUGGCUAGCUACAAGCCAAGAAGGCUGUUGUAACAUUAGCUAGCUACACAGCUGUUGUAACGUUAGCUAGCUACACGGCUGUUAUAACGUUAGCUAGCUACAAGCCAACCAGGCUGUUGUAACGUUAGCUAGCUACAAGCCAACAAGGCUGUUGUAACGUUAGCUAGCUACAAGCCAACCAGGCUGUUGUAACAUUAGCUAGCUACUAGCAAACAAGGCUGUUGUAACAUUAGCUAGCUACAAGCCAACCAGGCUGUUGUAAUGUUAGCUAGCUACAAGCCAACAAGGCUGUUGUAACAUUAGCUAGCUACAAGCAAACAAGGCUGUUGUAACGUUAGCUGUAUAAUAGUAAUAUAUUUAUUUUACAAAGUGCUUUUCAUUACAAGUAGAAUCAGUCGCUUUAAAAACAAAAAAUACAAACUUUAACAAAACAAAUGUAGGGAUCUGGCAGUUCUUGGGCGAGGAUCUCUCACAGCUUUAGAUUAUAGGCAUUUCAGAAGGGUAUUAUCUCGAGGGGAGGGUAUAUGGAUGGGUCAUACACCGGCACGACUCAAUGUUGACAAUUUAGCUAUCCCACAUUCUUCCACAAAGAACACCUAGCUAAGUAAAGUUCAUAAUCAACACCAUACUUUAGGAAACUGCCACAGUGCUAAUGUAUAAUACAUGCAAUGGGCAUUGCUCAUCUAACGUUCGCUUACGUUACUCCAUACACUAGUAUGGUCCUCUGUAGCUCAAUUGGUAGAGCAUGGCGCUUGUAACGCCAGGGUAGUGGGUUCAAUCCCCGGGACCACCCCAUACGUAAAAAUGUAUGCGCACAUGACUGUAAGUCGCUUUGGAUAAAAGUGUCUGCUAAAUGCCAUAUUAUUAUUAUUAUUAUUAUUAUUAUUAUUAUUAUUAUUAUAUUAUAUAGUCACUGGGUUGCUUGACAAUGUAGCUAGCUAACAUUACAGCCCUAACUUUAUGCAUUGAUUCCCUCUGUCAAUGCAAUUGUGUUAGCGCACAUUUGGAUUAUAAUGACAAUGACUGAUUGACGGUGUCAAGUUACUUUUCAGUUUAUUCCCAAAAACCUGAAGUCGCCAUUCCAAGUAAAAAGUAGCUAGGGGUUGCGAGUGCACCCACUUUAAACAACGCCAACAUCAUUGCUUGCUUGCAGUCAAAAGAGAACUCCAUGCUUGCUAACUCGGUUUGCUAUGUGACUGUUUUCAACACGUCAUCUGUUUUAGACUAUUUAUUUUAACCAAGCAAGGGAGAUAAACGUUCAGUCAAUACUGAGUGAAUGAACAACAAAAACAUUGUGCUGCCCGCUGUCCGGACACACACCACACACACACACACACACCGGUGCGCACACGCAAGUGGCACUGGACUCUCCAAUCCUACGGUACAUCCCAGGGACACACUGCGGAUUGUGUACACCAGCUGAUUGACGGAGCACCGGGCCUUCUUUAUGACCUUGUUCAUCUUCUGGUCCCACUGGAACAUCCAGCUCGUCCGCUGUGCGCGAAACAUUCGGAUGACCACCUCAAUCAGCGCGUCUGCUGUCCUCUUGGUGUAUGCCAAGUCGUUUCCACCGAAGUGGAUGUCAGGGAGAGAAGUAGUUCAGGUCCUCUGCUGGCACUGAACACUGAGCAGUUUGUGCCACUUCAUGCCUUGCUCGCCGAGCCACCUAAUGUGACAGUCAAUAAUGUAUGUGAAUAGUUAAUGAGAAGGCUACAUUUUUCUGGAGCUUGCUCGAUUGUUUUAAGAGAGAUCAGGGAAGAUUUUUCCAGUUUACUCCAUAUUGGCUUAAAUGGGUUUCUGGUUUUUCACUUCCCUCUGGUAUAUCAGUUGUUAAUAUUAAAACAAACAAAAAAACAUGUAUUCAUUCACUAACUGUAAGUCGCUCUGGAUAAGAGCGUCUGCUAAAUUACUAAAAUGUAAAAAAAAUGUAUUGUGUAGAUUGAUGAGGGGGAAAAAAAACAAUUUAAUCCAUUUUAGAAUAAGUCUAAUGUAACAAAAUGCGGAAAAAGUCAAGGGGUCUGAAUACGUUCCGAAUGCACUGUAUAUAUCUCAUUAGGCUGUGUGUCGUUUUAGAUAUAGGCCUAUUGUAAAUGUAUAGUAUUGUAGCGUCACCAUCUUUAUUGCAAAAAUAAAUACAAACAUCACUUUAAGCUCCAUAUUCAUCUGACGGAGGUAAUGAACUGUCCAUUGAUGAGCACAGCAGUUGAUAUAACAGGACCAUGUUUGCACACAAGUGAUUCUGAGCUUAUGUCAGUAUUCUAUAGGUAAGCUAGCGGUUACAGUAAUCAGGAAUGCAGACAAUCUAGCUCCUAUCUGUAUGAGUGACUGUCCAACACCACCAGUUGUUAUGUUGACCAAAAAAAGUUAUUAUGAAAGAAAGACAAUUCUCAAUGACGUAUUUUAUAAAAUAAAAGUUUAAGGAAAUACAGGCACCAUAUUACGACAAAACAGCCCACUCAAUCAAGCCUGGUGGUCUUGUAAGUGUAUAUAUUAGCAAAGAUUGCUUUCAUGGGCUAGUUGAGUGACUGUCAGUGACUGACAUAACAAGAGAGAUACUGCUGAUGCACAACCACAUUUCAAAAUGGCACCUCGUCUAUUCCACUAUUCUAACUCUCAACAUGGUCCUCUGUAGCUCAGCUGGUAGAGCACGGCGCUUGUAACGCCAAGGAAGUGGGUUCGAUCCCCGGGACCACCCAUACACAAAAAAAAAUGUAUGCACUCACUAACUGUAAGUCGCUUUGGAUAAAAGCGUCUGCUAAAUGGCAUAUUAAUUAAUUAUUAAUUAAUUAAAGUUGAGACCUCGAAUGAGUCAUCCCCUGUUAUUGUUAUUAUUAUUUAUUUAUUUUACCAUGGGGCGCCAGUUGCCCAUCCCUGUCUUAGUGUGUUGUGUAAAGAAUCCAAUACUUCACCUUGUAUUCGGUACAAAUCACAUUAUCUCGCUUAUCACAAUGUCUACGUUGCUGCUCGUGGCAACGUCAUUUCGCUGAGUCUACCUGUUUUCCUACCCCCAGCUGAACAUGCCCAAGGAGCAGCUUAUAGCCAACAUACAGACUGUCGUCAAGGAUGUCUGCUCCCACCGGCCGGCUAGCUUCGGUAUGUACCUACCAUGAGGAUGAAUACUUUUUAUUUGACAAACACCAGGCUUUUAAAGUGAAUCUGUCAUAUAUCACAUUGGGCUUUAGAGUUAAAAUUCAUAUGAAUGGUGCCUCAGCAAUACAAACUUGGAUACCACCCACACAGCAAGUGUGUUCCCAUCGGCUGGUUAUCUUUGGUACGUACCACGAUGAUGAUGAUGAUGAUGAUGAUUUGUAUUUUAUUUGACACAUUUUAAAUAUAGUUGCCUCCACAGAGAUCCUAUGAAUUAUUCUUUAUGUAAUUCUAUGGUUGCCUCAGACAUGCGAGUACAACAAUGUACACCUGUAUAGUCCCUGUCCCCUGUCCCCUGCUUCAGGGCUCUCAGGGACUUAUUUAGGCAGCGAAUUGAUUAAACUUCAAAACAGCGCUAAAUGCUAUUAAUCGCUCCAUGAUUUCUCAUUAUAGUUAUUGAACUACACAUCCCACAUCCAUGAUUUCUCAUUAUAGUUAUUGAACUACACAUCCCACAUCCAUGAUUUCUCAUUAUAGUUAUUGAACUACACAUCCCACAUCCAUGAUUUCUCAUUAUAGAUAUUGAACUACACAUCCCACAUCCAUGAUUUCUCAUUAUAGUUAUUGAACUACACAUCCCACAUCCAUGAUUUCUCAUUAUAGUUAUUGAACUACACAUCCCACAUCCAUGAUUUCUCAUUAUAGUUAUUGAACUACACAUCCCACAUCCAUGAUUUCUCAUUAUAGUUAUUGAACUACACAUCCCACAUCCAUGAUUUCUCAUUAUAGUUAUUGAACUACACAUCCCACAUCCAUGAUUUCUCAUUAUAGUUAUUGAACUACACAUCCCAUGAUUUCUCAUUAUAGUUAUUGAACUACACAUUCCACGGCACUGGGCUGGCAAAACUAUUUAAUACAAAGCCUUGCAAAUGCAAUGUGAUAGUGUGCUAGAUGGGUGUGUUUUUGCCUCCAAACAAACCAAACCCACACAUUUUUAUGAGGUUUUCUGACUGAAAGAGCGGUAUGUCAUUAUGAGAAACAGGCAGCGUCCCAAAUGGGACCCUAUUCCUUAUAUAGUGCACUACUUUUGACAGAAGCCCUGUGUGUCCUGGUCAACAGUAGUGCACUAUACAGGGAAUAGGUUUCAAUUUGUGUGACCACAGGUAUGUUGUGAGAACUGAGAUAAGAAUGUAUCUGAAGCGAUUUGGUGUGGGCGAGAGGAAUGCAAUUUAUUUGUUUUAUCUGACGGACAGCCGCCUUUAACCACCUCGUUGAGUUUUUCGUUUGACACGCAUACACACACACACACACAUAUAACACACACCCACAGACACUAGAUCCAACACACCUGGGGAUCUGUACACCUGUGUGAAGUGAAGUUCUAAUAACUAACAUCAUCUUUUAAAAAUAUUUAUGAACUUAAUUUGAUGAGACAGAGAGCAGAAUUUGCCAUCCAUCGAGCUGGACUCAACCAUUACUUCCAUGUUAAUCCUCCCAGUCAUUUACUGGCCAACAAGCUACGCAGUAAUAAUCAAUUAGCUGAUAUAGCAACUAUUGAAUCUGAAACAGGAGAAUUACUAUCAGAACCCAAAUGAAUCAAUCAAAGAUUCUCCUGCUUCUAUAAAGAACUUUACACUUCUGAUUGUAAAUCCAAACCAAGCCAGACUAAGUCAUUUCUAAAAGAAUUUAGAACUCGUCUUCUCUCAGCAGUGGAAGCAAUCUCGCUUGGAGACACAAUCUCUCAAUUAUCUCAAAAGGACACUGGAUAGAAUGAAUAAAGGCAAAUCACCUGGAUUGGACGGUAUUCAUUCUGAGGUCUUUUUAAAAAUGUUGGGAUCAAUUAGUUCCGCUAUUGCUCGAAAUGAUUAACACAGCAGUUCACAAAGGUUCAUUUAGGAGAGAUGUGGUUUAAGCUUUUAUAAAAAAAUAAGGUAAUGAUGCCAGCCAGUGUUCUCACUAUCGCCCCCUAUCUUUAAUAAACACGGAUAUUAAACUGUUUUCCAAAAUGUUGUCGUCCUGUUUUCGAGACUUAGUUACCCAAAUUGAUCCACACGGACCAAAGCGGGUUUGUUAAACGUUUAUCCUCGGAUAACCUCCGACUAUUACAUCUCUUAAAUGCUUCAUCAGAAAAAACAGGUCCUUGAGCUGUAUUAUCUCUCAAUGCAGAAAAAGCUUUGAUAGACUAGAAUGGACAUAUCUCUGGUCUGUCUUGGAACAUAUGGGAAUUGGCUCCAAUUUCAUUAAUAUGAUUAAAAUACUAUAUGCAAUCCCUCAGCCAUAGUUAUAACAGGCAACAUCUGCUCCGCUCCGUUCAGCAUCACUAGAAGCAGCAGACAAAGCGAUCCAAUUUCUCCUUUGCUAUUUUUAUUAUCCGUGGAACCCCUUGUCCAGGCAAUUCGUCAAUCGAUGGAAAUAACACACAUUUCCCUCAAAUCUACUGAUGACGUCAUCUCAUUAUACAUAGACGAUAUUUGACUAUAUCUAGACAAUGUAUCUCAAUCACUCCCAAACGCAUUGAAGAUCGUAGACAAAUUCAGCUUAAUCUCAAAUUAUAAAAUGAACCAUCCUAAAUUGGUUUAGACAUGAUUCUUCUGGCCCCUGGCUGAGUGUAGAGAGAAAUGUGGUGUCUCCUAUUGAUCUGGAAGAGGUGUUCUUCACUGAUAUAUCCCUUAAACAAUGUAAUAUGGUAUCUCCUAUUGAUCUGGAAGAGGUGGUCUUCACUGAUAUAUCCCUUAAACAAUGUAACUGGGGAUCAAAAUGGCGUGGCCAUUAGUGCUGACCCCAUUUAGUCCACUGGCCAUUAGUGCUGACCCCAUUUAGUCCACUGGCCGUUAGUGCUGACCCCAUUUAGUCCACUGGCCAUUAGUGCUGACCCCAUUUAGUCCACUGGCCGUUAGUGCUGACCCCAUUUAGUCCACUGGCCGUUAGUGCUGACCCCAUUUAGUCCACUGGUAGAUUGUUUGGUUGAUAGGCUGUUGGUCGACCGAGAUUGAUUUAGUCGAGCGGUCCCAAGUGGCACGCUAUUUCCUAUUUAGUGCACUACUUUUGAGGAGGGCCCAUAGGGCUCUAGCCAAACCUAGUGAACUAUACAGUAUAUAGGCACUAUCCUAUUGAUGUGUCUCUGCACCUCUGUUCAGUUGCCUUUAAAACCCAGAAGACUAGUACUCCUGUCUGUAGGGACAUCCUUAUGGAAUUCCCUACUUAGAACCCAGAAGACUAGGACUCCUGUCUGUAGGGACAUCCUUAUGGAAUUCCCUACUUAGAACCCAGAAGACUAGUACUCCUGUCUGUAGGGACAUCCUUAUGGAAUUCCCUACUUAGAACCCAGAAGACUAGUACUCCUGUCUGUAGGGACAUCCUUAUGGAAUUCCCUACUUAGAACCCAGAAGACUAGUACUCCUGUCUAUAGGGACAUCCUUAUGGAAUUCCCUACUUAGAACCCAGAAGACUAGGACUCCUGUCUGUAGGGACAUCCUUAUGGAAUUCCCUACUUAGAACCCAGAAGACUAGUACUCCUGUCUAUAGGGACAUCCUUAUGGAAUUCCCUACUUAGAACCCAGAAGACUAGUACUCCUGUCUGUAGGGACAUCCUUAUGGAAUUCCCUACUUAGAACCCAGAAGACUAGUACUCCUGUCUAUAGGGACAUCCUUAUGGAAUUCCCUACUUAGAACCCAGAAGACUAGGACUCCUGUCUGUAGGGACAUCCUUAUGGAAUUCCCUACUUAGAACCCAGAAGACUAGUACUCCUGUCUAUAGGGACAUCCUUAUGGAAUUCCCUACUUAGAACCCAGAAGACUAGUACUCCUGUCUGUAGGGACAUCCUUAUGGAAUUCCCUACUUAGAACCCAGAAGACUAGUACUCCUGUCUGUAGGGACAUCCUUAUGGAAUUCCCUACUUAGAACCCAGAAGACUAGUACUCCUGUCUAUAGGGACAUCCUUAUGGAAUUCCCUACUUAGAACCCAGAAUAUUUUGGAUGUAUGUUUAUUAUUAUGAAGGGAUGAAAUGGGAAGGCAGGUUAUAGGUAAGAGGAAGGUCAGCACUUUGCUGUGAAAUAAAGGAACAUUUUAAAGACUGGUUAGAGGUAAAGGACAGGAAGGCACAUGUGGGGAUUGAACCCCCGACGCUCUGGGGCGUAUGUCGUUCAGGCACUACCAAUGGAAUAGACCUAGGCGCUGUGGCAAGAUAUACCUGACACCCCGUCUCUCUUCUGUUGCCUCCACAGGACAUUUCAUAGAGCGAGCGAUCGUCAGCAGUCAGACGAGUGAAGGCCUGCUCUUUAAGAGUGAAGAACUUGUAGAGAAAACCCCAACGAAAAAGGAUGUUUGAAGGUGCUUGUGAUUUUAUGUAUUACUGACUGUGUAUAAUGUAUUGAAUAAAGUAUGAAGGAUAUUAUGGA